UUCGUGGCGAGCGGUUGGAUUUUCCUCAGCGGAGAAAGACGCGAAAAACAGUGCUUGAAGGCGGGUGAAAUCUACGAAAGAAAAAAAGAAACAACAAAUGCCAAGUGUAGUGUGCACGCCAAAGGAAAAAAAUAUAUAUAAGUUCGGAUCGCAUUGUGUGAUUAUAGAAAUUCGUAAAUGAAACGCAAAUAAAUGAGGGCAAUAAUCAGCAACCGAGAGCUGCGAAUUAUGGGCCAAUAUUGUCUAUAUAUAUAAAUAAAAAAGUGUAACUGUGAGAAAGAAAAAGUGGAAGAAAAGGGAAAGAGCCAAAGAAACCGAAUAAUAUACAAAUAUCAAAAAAGAAAAGAAAACGAAACGACAAAGAACAAAGCGCCUUCGUUGUGGGUCAAGAACGAAAGUUCGGCCUCAAGAAAAAGGUCAAGCCGGCUGCUACUUGAGGAGGAGACCCGCCUGUAGAUCUCUGUGAAUCUCUGGAGCUGUGGAAGUCACGCAGCUGCGAACCUGGCGUAGCCAUUCCCAAACAUUAUGACACAGCGCCAGUUGUCGUGGCCAUGUAGCAGGGCAAACUGCUGGCUCAUCGCCCUGCUGGUCACUCUGACAGUGGCGGAUGUUGCAGCUUUGCCCUUUCUGUUCACACAUCUCCGGCCUCAGAUAAACUGGACACAGCUCGAGACAGAGCCCUGGGUGGUGGAGGAGCAGCCGCGUAGCAUUGAGCCGCAUCUGGAACUGGUGCCCCAUCCCAAUCGUACUAAGAUCAGUGCCUCGGAUGCCUCCGAUGCAGAGUUCCUCCAGCGACUGGCGAACCAGACAGCCACUUCCCGAAUGCUGUGGAACGAUGCAGGUGGCGGAGAUGGUCUGGUCUAUCCUCCUUUCGUGGACAGGGCUUUGAGACUGCUGAACCUCAAGCAGGUGGCCUUCGAGGUGGAGAACAGUCUGAUGUCACAGGUGACGUGCACCGCCUGCCGUGCUGGUGCCGGUAUGAUCCAGCAUCAGAUUCAGUCUGGCAAGACGGACGCCGACUUGAUCCAAAUGAUCACUGACUACUGCACGAAUCUGAAUAUCCAGAGUGCCAGGGUUUGCCAGGGAGUGGCCCAGCUCUUUGGCACCGAGUUGAUUUACGUCCUAAAGCGUGUCAACCUCAGUCCCGACGAGCUGUGCAGCUUUGUGAUUGGCGAUGGCUGUGCGGAUGUCUACAACCCGUACCACGAAUGGGAGGUGAUCUUCCCGCCGGUGCCCAAGCCACCGCGUCUCGCCGAUCUGCCCAUUCCCAUGGAGGCUGCUCCGUUCUUCAAGGUCCUGCAUAUCUCCGACACCCACUAUGAUCCCCAUUAUGCGGAGGGCUCCAAUGCCGAGUGCAAUGAGCCAUUGUGCUGCCGUCUCAGCAGUGGACGACCAGCCACGCCGAAUGCAGCAGCCGGGAAGUGGGGAGAUUACAGGAAGUGUGAUACACCCAAGAGGACGGUCGAUCACAUGCUGGCCCACAUUGCAGAGACCCACAAGGAUAUUGACUACAUCCUGUGGACCGGUGAUCUGCCGCCUCACGAUGUUUGGAACCAGACCAAGGAGGAGAAUCUGGCCAUCCUUAAGGAGACGGUGCAGCAGAUGGUGGAGAAGUUCCCCGGCGUGCCCAUCUUCCCGGCGCUGGGCAACCACGAGAGUGCUCCGGUGAACAGCUUCCCGCCUCCCUACGUCAACCAAGUGGACAUCUCAAUAAGUUGGCUCUAUGAUGAAUUGGAUGUCCAGUGGCGUCGCUGGUUGCCACAAAGUGUAUCCCACACGGUGCGGCGGGGUGCCUUCUACUCAGUGCUGGUGCGUCCUGGCUUCCGCAUCAUCUCGAUGAAUAUGAAUUACUGCAACAACAAGAACUGGUGGCUCCUGUUGAACUCCACAGAUCCAGCCACCGAACUGCAGUGGUUCAUUUACGAGCUGCAGAGUGCCGAGUUCUCUAAUGAGAAGGUGCAUGUAAUUGGUCACAUUCCCCCAGGACAUUCGGAUUGCCUGAAGGUCUGGUCUCGAAACUUUUACAAGAUCAUUGCUCGCUAUGAGAGCACCAUAACUGCUCAGUUUUAUGGACACACGCACUACGAUGAGUUUGAAAUGUUCUACGAUCCGCAUGAUCUGAAUCAUCCCAAUAGCGUUGCCUACAUAGGACCUUCUGUUUCACCCUACUACGAUCUGAAUCCUGGCUAUCGAAUCUACUAUGUGGAUGGGGAUCACGAUGCCACCACACGGCUGGUCAUCGACCACGAGUCCUGGAUAAUGAAUCUCAAGGAGGCCAAUCUGUAUGGUUAUCCUAUAUGGUAUAAACUAUAUACGGCACGAGCUGCCUACAAUAUGAAGGCCCUGCGUCCCAGUGACUGGAAUAAUCUGCUCAACGAGCUGACAAACAAUCAGGAGCUCUUUGAGCUGUACUACAAAUUUUACUGGAAGAACUCACCGGCGCGACCCACCUGCGAUGCCGAGUGCAAGAAGCGACUAAUUUGUGACUGCAAAAGUGGACGCUCUCAUGACCGGAAACACUUUUGUGCCGAGGUCGAGUCAAAGAUCGAUCGGGAGUCGUCAAAGUCCUGGAAGUCGUGGUUCUAUCGAGGACUGACCAACUCCUAUAGCCUGCUGUCCUCGAUCACUUACCUGCCCAAAUACCUACUGGGGUAUCGCUGAUUAUCCGUACAUCCAUCAUCAGUCAACUGCAAGUCAAUGCAAUAGCAAUCAAGAGGAAGCGAGAGGAAUUGCCUACCCCCUAAGUUUACUAUGUGAUAACUAGUGCUUAAUGACCCCACAUUUGUCUAAGUUAACGUAACCGAAGCAACGACGUCGCAAUGCCCGCCCCACGACCUCCGACUGGCCUAUAUAUAUAUAUUCAUAUAUCUCCCAAUGCCCGCGCAAACUGAGUCAGUGAACAAUAGUCAUUUAAAUGUAAUCGAUAGAGUCGUUGUUAUUGCCGCUGCAUUAUUGGGCGUGGCAAUAUGCGCCCAUUUGCUAAAAGGAAAUUGUUGAACAAACUACUUUUUAGAAGCGUAAUUCUAAACUUAAUAUAGUGUUUAUCAAAAAUAAAUGCAAGUUAUUUAAGUCA